AUGACAGGACAGUCGCCGAUUUAUAUUUUAGGGUUUGGUGCCAUUGGCAGUUUACUUGGUGUUCAUCUGCAAAAGUAUGGAGGUAGAAAAGUUAUUCCAAUAUUCAGAUCUUUGGACAGACUCAACGAAUUCAAGAAACUUGAUUGCAAGAUUACAAUCAAACCUUUGUUCGAUGCGAGUUUAUCUCCCUUAACAGAGCAAUUUCAAAGUGCGACGUGCCCCGGCAUCUUCCAAGGCAAAAUCGAUAAUUUGAUCGUCACUUGUAAGACAUAUCAAACGGCUGAGGCAUUGAAAAUGUUUCUGCCGUACCUUCACAACGACACUAACAUCAUCAUGAUUCAAAACGGACUCGGUGUCGCUGAAGUGUUGAAGGAACAAGUCUUCACAGGAAGCGACUUACAAUCAAAUUUGUUCCAAGGUGUCAUUGGCCAUGGUAUUUUCCAAGAUAAAGAGAUUAAGAAUCAGUACAAUCAUGCAGGGUUUGUUGAUUGCAAGGUCUCGAAAUUACCCGAAAAUGAUGAAAAUAUUAUAGAAACGUUAGACCAAUUGAAUGAAUGGAAGCAAAAUGAUCUGGUUAAAGCUUUGCUAACAUUGGACCAAUCGUUGGCUGUCAUCCAUAUGACGUACCAGGAACUUUUGUUGGGACAAUUAGAGAAGUUCCUAGUCAAUUGCUGUAUCAACUCUGUCACUUCAAUUAUAGACUGCAUGAAUGGAGAAUUAGCCAAUUGUUCAGAACCAAUCUUCACUUCGAUCAUCGAAGAGGCUCUUCAUGUAUUCCAAAUCGCAUAUAAACCGUUAUUCGAUUAUCCAGAGACCUUCAGAAAUACUGAAAGUGGGAAUCUACCAGAACUAGACGUCACUGGCAGAUUGAAUUUAGAAAGAACACUGAAAAAUACCAUUUAUAUGGGAUGUAUAGUGAAUGGAAGUAACUCAUCUUCAAUGAGACAGGACGUCCUACAUUUAAGAGAAACAGAAAUUGAUUUUAUUAACGGCUACAUCGUGACGUUGUGCAAAAAAUUCUCACUACCAGAAUCUGACGCUAAAGUCAACAAAACCAUACAGCAACUUGUGAAAUUGAGAUUGAAAUUGAACACGUCGAGAAAUAUAUAG